AUGGCUGCAUUUGAAGAGCUUGGAAUGCUGCCAGAAUUGGCUAGUGCCGUGGAAGAAAUGGAUUGGACGUAAGGAUAAUAUUUUUUUAUUAAUAUUUUAGAUAAACUUGAAGGAAAUGAAGACGUUUUGGAUUGCAAAUGAUGUUAUUCUGUUGUUCACACCUUCGGGGAACAAUUUUGACAUAGAUUUCUUUCAAAUUUUUUAAGUUUUUAUCAUGAACAAUAUGAUUUCAUGACUCAUUAUACCGCAAAGCUAAUCUAAUAUUUUUUUCAGAUUGCCGACAGACAUUCAGUCAGAAGGUAUUCCAGCAAUCUUGGGAGGUGGCGAUGUUUUAAUGGUGAGUUUUCUUCGAAUUUAUAUUAUCCAUGUUUAGGCAGCUGAAACUGGAAGUGGAAAGACGGGAGCUUUCUGUUUGCCGAUUCUACAGGUUGUUUGGGAGUCCAUGAGGGAUUCUCAACGUGGGAGGAAGCGAAAAAUUAAUGGUGAGCGAAUUUUUAUGAUGUUUUAGAUCGCGUUUUUGUUUUAGGUGAAAAUUUGAAGGGACAAGCGAAAAAUGGGCGUGUAUUGUUUGUUUUUGUAUAAAAUAGGCAUCUGUUAGGCUUACAGCAUCUUCUGAAAUACGUUUAGAUAUUAUUCGAAGUAUUUUGGAUAUUACUUUAGAUGGGUUUUUCUGAAAUUUUCUAUUUUAGAACAAGCACCAUGGAAGAUGAAUAUUUUUGAUCGAGAUGCGAACACAGGGAUUGACAACAGUGGACUGACGGUUAAAAGUACGCAUCCGAAACUUUGGAAUGGCACUAGAUGCACAACUGGAGUUACUGGAAAGGGUAGGAUACGUCUUAUAUUUUGAUUCAUUUUUUAGGUAAAUACUACUUUGAGGCCAAGAUAGAGACUGAUGGGCUGGUUCGAGUUGGUCUUUCGACUUUGAAUGCCAACCUAAAUUUGGGAACCGACGAUCAAGGCUAUGGGUUUGGAGGUACCGGAAAAAAGAGCCAUGCCGGAAAUUUCGAGGACUAUGGAGAGUCCUUCACACUCGGAGAUGUGAUUGGCUGCUUUAUUGACCUUGAUUUUGGGCAAAUUUCCUUCUCCAAGAAUGGUCAAAUGUUUGAUUUGGCGUUCAAAAUCGCAAAAUCCGCUCUGAACUCGGUAUUUUAUCCGACAGUGGUGCUAAAAGUAAGUGAUUUUGUUGUUUUCUAUAUUGUUCGAUGUUUAGAAUGCGGCAGUCAAGAUGAAUUUCGGAGAAGCGGGCUUCAAAUUCCCUCCUCCGGAACCGUUUACGGCGAUUUCGGCGGCUCCGGAGGAGUGCCAAAUCCCAUCGAAAUUUAAUGGUACUAGUGGGGGUGAUGGCCAGAAACGAAGUCCAAAUGCACCCAUGUGUGUUAUCGUAGAGCCCACGAAAGAAUUGGCCCAACAGACGUAUGAUGAGUUGGAGAAAUUCAAGAAAUUUCUGGACGCUCCGAAAAUCCGGUAAGUCGAAGGAUGGAGAAUAUAAUUUGUAAAUUUUGGUGUGAAAAUUGAUGCUGAUGGGUGAUAUUUUUUGUUAUUAGUAUAUAGAAGUUCUAGUAAAGCUAAUAGAUGCCGUGAUAAACGUUUUGAAGACGAAUGAGCCUUCUGGCAGGCCUCGGAAGUUGGUUUAGUUCAGCUUGUCUAUGGAGAAUAUAAUUGAGGUUUCUGCCUUUAAAACUGACGUUAAUGGGUAAAAUAUCAUUUAAUUCCGAUACACGAAGACCUAGAGUUCUUAUAAAUAUGUAGUAUUGAGGCAGUUGACUAUCAGAAAAGUCGUAAGGCAACGAAAUAUUAUCCAUGAUCACAUUUGAUGAGGUUUUUUUGGAAGCUAGAUUUUUAUCAGUAAAACGAGAUUUUUUAUACCUUAUUGUAUUUUUGAGGAUAGUAAAGGCUCUGAGGCACAAAAUAAAUAAAAUUUAUCAACCGUUGACACUCAGCAUACCCCAUUUUCAGCAACGUUUUGAUCGUCGGUGGAGCUCCGAUCGUCGCUCAAAAACGUCAAGUCGAAGAGGGCGUAGACAUCAUCUGCUGCACACUCGGACGCCUCAAAGACUUGGUCCAUCAAGACGUGAUCUGCCUGAACUUUGUGCGGUUCUUUGUCAUCGAUGAAGCGGAUUCGUUGGUGUCGCAAGGAGAUGCUUCCAGAACGAUCAGAGAGCUCAAGGAAAAGAUGCCGGUUUUCUCGACUGACGGGUCUAGACUUCAAAUGAUUGUGUGCUCAGCGACUCUGCAUAACGCGGAUGUCAAACGGUUGGCCGUAGGUUGAUUUCGGGGAGUUUUGGAAGUCGACUGGUCGAUUUUUUUGAAAAAAUUUUUUGAUUUUUUUCGUUUCUACAUUUUGUUGAGGGUAUCUACAGGUCGCAUAAAGAUAGAUAGGAUUAUUUUAGGACCUGUAGAAUCGAAAUCGACCGGUCGAUUUUUAAAAAUAUUUUUUUUUCAAAAAAUUUUUUUUCGACUGUUUCAAAAAAACUGAUUUUUUUGUGCAGGACCAGCACAUGCAUUUCCCUCAAUGGGUCGAUUUGAAAGGCCAGGAUUCGGUCCCAGACACGGUACAUCAAGUUGUCUGCAUGGUGGACCCAGUGGAAGAUAAGAGCUGGAUUCGACUCAAAUUCAAACCGGACUUUGGAAUUCAGGUCAGAAAUGGGCUAACUAAGACCUUGAAAGUGAUUUGCAAUAGUUUUUGAGGCUUUUGGAUAUUGAUUUUAACGAUUUUCACCUUAUUUUAGGGGAAAAUUUUGAUGAGAAUUUAAAAAUUUUUGUCGAUUUGCGAUUUUUUUUUGAUUUUUAUGAAGGAAUAAGUAAUAUAAAGGAUUUUUACUUCCAGACUGAUGGAAUCCACUCGAAAUCUGAGGUCCAUCCAGGCUCGAACACCCCGGAAACGCUCUCUGAAGGCGCCAAGGUCCUCAAAUUUGUCUACCUCCUAAAGGCCAUCGAAGAGCACAAAAUGCAGAAAUGCAUCGUCUUUUGUCGAACGAAAUUGGACUGUGAUCACUGCGAACAGUUCCUGAACAUCCACGGACAUUCCGCAGUCUGCAUGCAUUCGGAUCGAGACGCAGCGGAAAGAACCGCGAAUCUGGAGAAAUUCCGGAGCGGAAAAGUCAACUUUUUGGUCUGCACUGAUGUCGCAGCCAGAGGAUUGGAUGUAAAAGGAGUUCCUUUUGGUAGGUAGAGGGAUUUGCGAAGUUUUGAGAUGGUUUAGGGACAGAGGGUUACUGUAGUUUGAGAAAGAAAGCACAAAAAAUCAAUCACUUCCAAAUUUGGGGGUAUUUGGGUUUUUUUGAGAUUUUUUGGAAACUUUGAUGAGAAAUAUGGUGCAGAAGAUAAAUGGAUGCAGGAAAGAUAGUUUGCUGGCAGGUUCAGCUAGUUUUUAUAUUAGAAAUUUUGGGAAAAUUGAGGAAAUUUCACAAAGAAAGUACUUCUACGAGAUAUGAAGUUACAGGUCGAGAAUUAUAUUAAAAAUCGCAAAAUUUUUCUGAUUCAGAAUAUGUAAAAAUUAGCUGCACAAUUUUGGUUUGUAAGGGCGAAAAAACCCUCAGAAAUUUCCUCGCAACACCGCGAAAAUGCCCCAUUUUUACAUUGGAACUACUAAUUAAGGUGUAGUAUUCAUCAAAUUUGAUAUUUUGAGGCUUGUCAAGAUGCCAAGGGUUUAAUUGAGCUCAAAACAAAGCUUUUGAAUUGGUAAAAACUUGGUGAAAAACCCAAGUGGAACUGGGACGAUUGGGGAAAAGUACGAUUGGAGAAACCGAAAAGUAUAAUUUUUCUUCGAUGCAAGUGAUGAGCUUAAGAUAAUCGAGGGUGCUGAUUUCGAAAAUUACAUUCAUUUUUUGGAUAGUUACUUUUUUAGUACUGUAAAGUAGUAAUUUUUUGAUUUUUUUCCACAAAUACUCGAUUUGGGGGGUUUCGAUGGUGAUGAUUUCGGAAAUCUUAUACAUUUUUUCUGAUUUGAAAUCUACACCAUUGAAAACCCCCAAAUCGAGUAUUCAUGAAAAAAUUAUGAAAUUCAAAAAAUUAUUACUUUACAGUACUAAAAAAAGUAACUAUCAAAAAAAAUGAAUGUCAUUUUCGAAGUCAGCACCCUCGAUUAUCCUAAUUUCGACAUUUGCAUCGAAGAAAAGUAAUACUUUUCGGUUUCCACAAUCGUACUUCCCCAAUCGUCCCAGUUCCCCUUUUCACCAAGUUUUUACCAAUUCAAAAGCUUUGUUUUGAGCUCAAUUAAAGCCUUGGCAUCUUGACAAGCCUUAAAAUAUCAAAUUUGAUAAAUACUACACCUUAAUUAGUAGUUCUAAUGUAAAAAUGGGGCAUUUGCGUGGUGUUGGGAGAAAACGUUCUGAGGGUUUUUGUAAUUCGAAAAUUUUUAUAUUGCUUUAGUCAUCAAUGUCACAUUGCCCCCAUCGGAGGAGAUUUCGAAUUAUGUCCAUCGAAUUGGACGUGUAGGCCGAGCAGAUAGGAUGGGCUUGGCCAUAUCGUUGGUCUCGACGGUCCCCGAAAAGGUGUGGUAUCAUCAAUGCAAGUCCAAAGGAGCCCGCUGUGAGAACACAAAGUUGGUCAAAAAUGGCGGAUGCGCCAAGUGGUAUGAUGAAAAAGGGGUGAGUAUAGAAAGAAUAAAGCGUAAUAAGUAAUAUGGAUGUUGAAUUUCGAUACUUGGCGAUGAGUUUUGCCAAGAAAUUUGAGGUUUUAUAUUGUUUUAGGUCAAAAUUUUUGAAAUUUUGAUGUUUGGAUAAAUUUUUUGGAAAGUUACUGUGUUCAAUUGAUCUGAAAUUUAACUUAAAGGUCUGUCACAUUAUUUAAGAGAAAUUUUAAAUAAUUUAAAUACCAGAAAUGACCUUAAUUCACCUUAUUUUAGUACCUAAACGAGAUCGAAACCCAUCUCGGAAUCACAAUCGACCAAGUGGACUCGGACUUUGUUGUCCCCCUCAACGAAUACGAUGGAAAAGUUGUUUAUGGAGAUAGAAGACAGCUGAACAAAGGCCUCGUCCAUUCGCAUGCCGUGGAAAUGGCCAGAACUGUAAAAGAACUCGCCGAACUGGAACGCACUGUGCAGCUGAACUUUCUUAAUAUGCGAUUUGUCAAGUCGAAGUGA